AUGUUCUAUGGCCACGUGUUUUGCAACGAUUGUUUCAAAACUCACGUGCUGACGCGCUUCAGAGGUGAGAACCCGCGCAUCCAUUCAAACAGUUGGUGGAUGCAAUGGGCGCCGGCACCAAGCCCGAAGGCGCCACCGAGAAUAAGGAAGAGCACAAAUCAUCUGAUGGCAGCGAAGAACCGCCCAAGCGCUGCAUCUGUGCACGCUGCUUACAAAUGAUCGACGAAGGCAACAAGCUGGAGAUUGGUGGACAGACGUUCCACUCACAGUGCGCCAAAUGCUACUUCUGUCACGCCGUCCCAACAAGCAACCUUAAGAUCUAUUACGGUCAAGUUUUCUGUGAGGAAUGCUUUAACCGCCACGUCCUGAACCGCAACAAGGACAAUCCGUCAGAUUUCUUCAAGCACUGCUUCGAACAGUGGCAGAAUAACGCACAGUUUGCAGACAAUAUGAGGGACUUUAUGGCGGGAAAUAAAGAUGCAGCGCCGUUCGUCUUCAUGAUGCAGGGGCCGCAACCUCCUUUCUGUAGGUGUGGAACGGGGCCUCAGGAGUGGUUCCAAAGCAAUGAGCCUAAGAAAUCGACUCGCCCCGUCAGUGUCGCCAGUGCUUCGAUAGGCGGGGACUCGCUUACCACUUGGGACCUGUCCUUCGAGAACCGGACCGAUGCGUCUGAACCCGACCCCAGCGCCAUCUGUGAAUCAGCGAACGUGAAAAUGGACCUUGGCGCCAUCUAUGAAUCAUCGAGCAUACGUAUGUCUGCCAACGAAAAAAUCGAAAAGCUCACGAAAUACCUACACGGAAAUGAGAAGAAAAAAUGGAAAAAUUUCAAAUCCGAUUAUGGAAUGGAUAAACGGCCCAAACUGGAAUGUCCAAGUUGUUUGUGGCAAUGCGGUUCUAUCUAUGUGAGCCGUGAUUUACAAAGGGUUUGUGAAGUUUCGAUACAAUAAAUGUGCUGUUAUGGAAGUUU